AUGGCACAUCCAGUACAGCUGUCGUCGUCGCGCGACACCCCAAACCCUCUACGACCAUACUAUCGCCCACCUUCGAUCGGUCUGCCACCUGGAGACGCCAACGCGACAAGUGCCUCGACCGGUCCAAGUAGCAGUCUGGGCAGCUCCGCUCGCCAUGUUUUCGACGACCUCGACUAUUCCUCCUUCUUGAACGAUGGCGACUCGGCUUCUGUUGCAGACAUGGGUCGUAAGGUCCUCGAUCAGGCCUUGUGGAAAUAUACCUCGGUCCUCCUGGCGCAACCCUUUGACGUUGCAAAGACGAUUCUACAAGUCCGCCUGGCCACACAGCUCGAUGCCGAAUCUACCUUGAGACGAAGGACCUCUGCCCGCUUUGCUGUCGACCAAUACCCUCCGAGCGAUGAUGAGUCGGAUCCAGAUGAGCCGAGUUAUUUUACACCCACCAAGCCUACAAGAGCACAAGAAACUGAUAGAUCCCGCUCACGUCGUCCUCGUACCCCACCGUCACGCUCGUCCAGGGAUCAGUCGCCUGCUCCACAUGUCUUGCAGCUCAGAAGACCGGAUUCGGUUAUGGAGGCUCUGUCACAGCUGUGGCAGCAAGCUGGUGCCGCCGCAAUGUGGAAGGCUACUAAUGCCACCUUCAUCUACAACGUCCUGCUCAAGGCCGUCGAGGGCUGGACAAGGAACCUGCUGUCUGCUCUGUUCGAUCUGCCUGAUCCUUCAUCCCUGGCUUCUGUGCCUGCAGAGGUCGUUGCUGGCGCCAUGGGUGGUCUGGAUCUAGCAGACAGUCCCUCGCCAUUGGCUUCGUUGGGUAUCGCAGUCGCUGCUUCUGCCAUUGCUGGCCUCCUGCUUGCCCCCCUCGAUCUUGUGCGCACGAGACUUAUUCUCACACCAACCACUUCACAGCCGCGUGCCAUUCUACCAAAUCUCCGUCUUCUGCCGAGUCUCACAAUUCCCCCCUCGCUCUUCUCAAUUACCCUCCUCCACUCUACACUUCCGACCCUGCUGAGUACCAGUACUCCUCUCGUCCUCCGCCAAUACUUCCGUGUGGACCCUCUCUCAACACCAGCAACCUACUCUCUCGCCACUUUCCUUACCUCGACUACUGAGCUCUUCAUCAAACUUCCUCUCGAAACCGUCCUUCGCCGUGCUCAAAUCUCCCAUCUCAAAUCUGCUCACAAAAAUGUCUACACCAAGGCCGCCAUGAACUCGUUCCGCGGAAACAAAUCUGUCAGUGGUCCGGAAAUGGACACCAUUGUUCCUGUCGGUCCCUACAGGGGUGUCUUCGGUACCGCUUGGAGCAUCAUGACCGAGGAAGGUAUUCGCGAGCAACCACCACAGAGCCGUAUGAGCACUCCCGCUAGACCUGGCCUUGUAGCACAAAACAAGAGAGACAAAAAAGGACAAGGUAUUGGUGGUCUGUGGAGAGGAUGGAGAGUGGGCAUGUGGGGUUUGGUUGGUGUUUGGGGAGCUUCUGCCCUUGGAGGUGGUGGCAGAACUGGUGGAGAAUUCUAG